UGCAAGUAGGCGGUGCUGCCUGGCUGGAGUUGGUUCGCUGCAGGGUGAGGGUUGGAGGUGUGUUGAAGGCUGGAAGAAGGGAGAACAGGGUGCGAUUUAAAGCAUUCAACUUUUUGUUUUUUGAUUAUUUUUUUUUAAAUAACUAAAUUUCAGAAAAGAUGUCUGCAAGUUGCCAGCAAAGCCAAUGCAGAGUGAUCCCCACCAGGACGGUGGUUCUGAACGAUACAACGCAGCUACCUCAUGAUUACUGCACUACACCGGGAGGAACGCUGUUCUCCACCACUCCCGGAGGCACUCGGAUUAUUUACGAUCGGAAGUUUCUGAUGGACUGCCGUCAUUCUCCGAUUGCAAAGACUCCACCUCGUUACCUCCCACAUAUCCCAGGUGUGACAACCCCAGGCAUUGCUGAAGAUACGAAGGCAGAAGCAAAUAAUGCUGCUCAGAGCGGUGGCAUCAACCGUGAGGGAAAAUCAUCUACUGGAGAUGAAGCUCAAUUUGAGAUGGACAUCUGAGCUGUCCACGUGCGACCGCAGACUCCGCUUCUCGACGCUUCGACGACCUGGCUUGUGGAUCCUAACGCACAGGCCUCUGCCGUGGUACACAAGCUCUCCAGAAAUCUGCCAAAAAAAAGUUUAAUACAGAUUAUUUUUUUGCCUUUGGUCAAUCCUGAACAUUUACACUUUGUCUAUGACCUUAAAUCAUGUUUUAGCAGCAAGAUAAGUGGGUUCCAAUUUAAUUUUUUUUUUUUUUUUUUUUUUUUUUUUUUAAACAGGAAAGAUAACAUUUUGUUUAAUGAACAAACGAGCUAUUUUAAAAAUUCUUUGCAAGCUAAGCAAUCUUGAAGCAAUUUCCAUUAUAUGUAUCUGUGCUAAGAUUUGUUGCAUUGUUAAUUGCGUUCAAAGGCAAUUUUGGUACAUAGCCACAAUUGUACUCGCUUAUUUUUGGAACAUUGUGGAAUGUCCUGUUGAGGUCAGCAAGAAUCCUCAGUAAGCUCAUUGCUUAACUAUUUUAAAUGCAAUCCAUUAAAUUCCUGUCAUUUUUAUUUUUGUCAAUGAAAGCGCUGCUUCAUUGAUGAUUUCUGCUGCCUGGAGGCUUUUUUUUCUCUUCUCUAUCUUCAUAUUUGGGUUGGGGGAACUUGCUCCAGUACAUUUCACUGUUGUCAAUGGGGAGCAGCAAUAAGUAUCUUGGGUCUGAGUUGCAAGUGCAUGGAUCUAUCUAUGUGUUCGGCAAAGCUUACGAUUAUAUUAUCAAAUCACCAGAAACUGUGAAGUAGCACUAGAUUUGAAAACCAUGUUGUUGGAAUGGGUACUGCGGUUGCUUGUCUUGGGAUGGUUCACUGCACUACCAGGCUGGUCAGAUCCAAGAGACUGGGGAGAGUAGUAUGUCCUUUUGCUAAAGAGUUUUUUAUCUGACAUUUUUCACAUUUAACUGUUUAAGUUGACUAGUUUUAAUGUUUAUUAUUACGUUUGAUGUUGGGUGACAGUGGUCUGAAACCUGGCCCCGUGGUGCUGUUUCCAAUGGGAGGAGGCCAGCUUUGGAAGAUGUAGUAUUGAAUUGGCAUCGUCCUACGGGGGGCUGCUAGGAUAUGCUGAAGCUUAAAGCCCUGUCCCACUCUAAAGGUUAAUUCAAGAGUUCUCCCGAGUUUGCCCUGAUUCGAACUCGGAGAUUUACGGUAAUGGCCACUCGUAAGUACUCGGGGCUCUCGUGGACAUUUUUCACCAUGUUGAAGAAAAAUCUUCACGGGUCUUCCCGAGCUUACAGUGUUUCCCGAGUACCUGCCGUUAGCGUUACGAGCCACUAAGCGAUGUCCCUGAUCUCCGACGUACCCGCUGCGUUCAUUCUACAUGCUUACCACGAGUUUGAUUUUUUUUUUUUUUUUUUUUUUUUUAACUCGGGAGAGCUCUUGAAUGAACUCGUGCAGUGGGACAGGGCUUUAAUUCUUGAUUUAAAACUUGAAGAGAGAGAGCUGGCAAAACACAGCAAGUUAAUAGAUUAACUAUUGAGCUGGGCAGGCUCUGCUUUGAAGCUCCGGGCUAUGGGAUACCGCAAUUCCAAAGUGCGUCAUUUGACCCAUCAAGCUUCCUUCAACAAUUAUUACUGCAACAAGUUAUUUGGCCAACCCACUCUUCUCCCCUGCUGCCACAUUCUUUUUUUUAACACAUACUUUUUUAAAACAAAAAGUAUUAUUCCCAACCAGUGGUGUGUAGAAGAGAAUUCUACAUCAUAAUUGGAUUCCUCUGUUGAAGGAUCUGUGAUCAUCUUUCUAUUUUUACUGUUUGACUGUGUUUCUAAUGUUUUUUUUUUGUGAUUUAUGGGGAUUUAUUUUUGAUGGGGUUCAUAGCAAAGUAAUACUGAAUGGUUUCCGUAUUAAUUACUUCAUACUCUGGAUAAAUAAAAUCUGCCGCUCAGUUAUUUCCAAUCUGAAGGCAAACUUCACACAACAAGAAAAA